UUGACAUCAUAAUCUCAAAAUUGUUAUUAUCCCGGUAAUCUUCAAAUUAAUCGAUAAUGGUUUUCUAAAAUAAUCGGUAUUUUUAUAUUAUUAUUAUGGGAAAUGAUGUAUCUAGCCAAUUAGAAUUAUGUUCACAUUUUGAUGCAGAAGAAAUUAAAAGGUUGGGCAAAAGAUUCAAAAAGUUAGAUUUGGACAAUUCAGGUUCAUUGAGUGUAGAUGAAUUCAUGUCAUUGCCAGAAUUACAACAGAACCCCUUAGUACAAAGGGUUAUAGAAAUAUUUGAUACUGAUGGUAAUGGGGAAGUUGAUUUUAAAGAAUUUAUCGAGGGAAUAUCACAAUUUAGUGUGAAAAGUGAUAAGGAAUCAAAACUUCAAUUUGCUUUCAAAAUCUACGACAUUGACAAGGACGGGUUCAUAUCAAAUGCCGAAUUAUUUUCGGUGCUUAAAAUGAUGGUAGGUAACAAUCUAAAGGAUGCCCAAUUGCAACAAAUCGUCGACAAAACUAUCAUAAACGCCGACACCGAUAUGGACGGAAAAAUUUCUUACAAAGAAUUUUGCUCGGUCGUUGGCAAUUUAGACGUUGACAAGAAGAUGGUAGUUGACAUAUGAAUCUCUAUCCAAGAAAACUCAAAGAAUCAAAUUCCCUCAACUAUAAUUUUUCCUUUCCACGCAACGCGCACACAUAAAAACAGCUUUUUUGUUUUUUUUACCCAAAUUUUUGAAUUAUAAUUUUGAUAAUUUCAAUUUUUUUCCGUUGUCUUUUUAAGUUUACGUUAAAACCAUUUCCGGUCAUUAUCUAACCCGCAAAAAUAUUAAGUAAAUAUUUCUUCAAAAAAUAAAAAUAAAUUGAUUAUCAAAAAGACCGCAAUAUAUAUUUUUCUUCUUCUGAUAAUAUGCCCACCAAGCGUGCAAUUAAACGUGUCAAAUUCUGAUUGACAACUUAUCAAUUAUAUUGAAUUUCUGAUACCUUUAAUUAUUUUUUUUAUAUAUUCAAUUAAACUUAAAUUAUAAAAUAAUAUAAUAUAUUCGUAUUUAUUAGUGGAGUUAAAAAUUAUGUUUUUUAUUUAUAUAUUAUAAUAAUAAGUGUAAUAAUAAUUAUUUAUUCCCGCCAUUUUUUUUUCUUCUAUGU